AUGGUGCCAGAACCAUACCAAAUCUCAGUAUCAGAUGAGGUACUCAAGGACUUGAAGCAACGUCUCUCAACUGCCAAGUUCCCUGAUCAGCUUGAGUACGCGGACCAGGAUGUCUGGCAAUUUGGUGCGCCCGUUGCUGAUAUACGUCGACUUGCGAACUACUGGAAAGAAGGCUUCGAUUGGAGGAAAGCGGAAGCGACGUUGAAUGAAUUGCCAAAUUACCAAACCAAGCUGGACGUUGACGGUUUCGGCGAUCUUGAUAUUCAUUUCGUUCAUCAACCAUGUACCAAGAAAGGAGCUAUUCCACUUUUGUUUUCUCAUGGAUGGCCAGGAUCAUUUAUUGAGGUAAAGAAGUUAUUGCCUUUCCUCAACGGAGACGGAAAUGCCCCUGGAUUCCAUCUCGUAGCGCCCUCACUACCUAAUUUCGGGUUUUCCGACGGCAUCAACAAGAAAGGGUUUACACUCACAAAGUACGCCGAAACAUGUCACAAGCUGAUGCUUCAGCUUGGGUACGAUCAAUAUGUCACACAAGGCGGAGACUGGGGAUUUUCAGUGACGCGAGCGAUCGGCCUGCAAUACCCCGACCAUUGCAAAGCGUCCCACAUCAACCUGGUCCUCGGACAAGCCCCAAAACUCGCUCAACAACCGCUCCUGGCCCUCCAGCACGCCAUAUCCCCGUACAAUGCUCGCGAAAAGGCGGGACACGAGAGAUCAGCAUGGUUUAUGAAUGAGGGUUAUGGAUACAACCUCCUUCAGAGCACCAAACCCCAGACCGUCGGCUAUGCACUCGCUGACAGUCCGACCGCCCUCCUGGCCUGGAUUUUCGAAAAGCUGCACGACUGGACCGACGGCUACCGGUGGACCGACGACGAGAUUCUGACAUGGGUAUCGAUCUACUGGUUUUCCAAAGCCGGACCCGCAGCGAGUGUCCGGAUCUAUUACGAAGCUACCCACCCUGAACCCUUCUCGAGCAUUUCGACACCCACGCUGCGCGGAUGGAUUCCGCAUGUUAAAUUGGGCGUUGCACAUUUUCCGAGAGAGAUCACCGUCGUGCCGAAGACUUGGGCGCAGACGCUCGGUCCGGUGGUUUUCCAAAGUGAGCAUGAGAAGGGUGGUCAUUUCGCGGCGUGGGAGAGGCCGGAGGCUAUCGUUGAGGACUUGCGGAGAAUGUUUGGGAAGGGUGGGCCUUGCUACGGCGUGAUACCGGGAAACUCUGGGUAUUAG